AUGGAGCUGAUGUUGCUCGGUGACCUGGCUACCUAUCUCCGCCAGCGGAUGGCCCAUCAGGAUUAUCAUGAGGGUUCUGUUGCCCCUCACUUGGCUGUACGCUGGGCAGCCGAAAUCGCCGAUGGUAUGGCCUACCUGUCUUCGAAGCGCUACGUCCACCGAGAUCUGGCUGCCAGGAACUGUCUGGUCGGAGCCGACAUGACAAUCAAAAUUGGUGGUAAGCAGGCACUUUGGCUUUUCUUAUUUUUGUGA